AUGAUCCCAUUUACUGGAACUACUCAAUUAAAGCAAUAUGUGAAAUGUAAGCCGAAUCCAGUAGGCUUAAAAAAUUUUGUAUUGGCUUCUCCGGAUGGGCUUGUCCUUGAUUUUUUCAUUUAUCAAGGAGCAAAAACAUGGCCCUGUGGAAAACCCAAUCCAGCAUUGGGCAUUGGAGGCACAGUUGUAGAAAGACUGACCAAAAACGUUCCCAAAGGCAGUGAGAUAUUUAUGGAUAGAUAUUUUACGUCCAUGAAUUUACUGACUUUUCUCUUAGAAAAUGAGAUAUAUGCUACGGGAACAAUUCAACAAAACCGUAUCCCAAAAGAAUUGCGCACAAAGCUAUCUCUUGAUAAAGAUCUUUUAAAGAAAGGAAGAGGUAGUUUCGAUGAGAUAGUCAGGCAAGAUGAAAAAAUAUCUGUCAUCAAGUGGAUGGAUAACAAAUCAGUAUUGCUAGCUACUACAGCGGUUGGAUCCGACCCAAUUCAAACUGUUCGGAGAUGGAAUAAAACUACAAAAAAAUAUGUAAAUAUUAAUUGUCCAAAUGCCAUUACAAGGUAUAAUAACUCAAUGGGUGAUGUCGAUCUUGCAGAUCGAUUGAUUUCCUAUUAUCGCAUUGCUAUUCGCACAAAAAAGUGGCCUGUUAAAGUAUUUUGGCAUAUGGUUGAUCUGAUAAUAACAAAUUGCUGGGUUAUGUACAAGAAGGACAAAUUUGCGUGUGGUGUAUGCAAAAAAGAGAUCAUGGACUUGCUUGAAUUCAAACUGAAUAUUGGAGAAUGCUUUGCUGCAUGUGCAGAAUCCAAAAGAAGAACUUAUGAUCAAGCGUUCACAGAGAGCAGUUCAAGUGAUAAAGAUUUAUUGGUUAGAAAAAAAACCAAAACACCAAAUCCACUUCCACCAGAGGAUGUCUGCCGUACUGAAAACAGACAUUUACCAAUAUGCGGUGUUACAGAUAAAAAUAAGUUUAUGCGCUGUCGCAGAGAGGGUUGUCAUCAAAAAACUAGAUUUAAAUGCACUUCGUGUAAUGUUUUUUUAUGUAUAGCUAAUGAUAGGCAAUGUUUUUUUGAGUUUCAUUCAUAA